UCCGGUCAAACGUAUGGCGCUUAAUUCAGCGAUUUGCAAAUUUAUUGGAAAGAACAACUUUGUUAAUUUUUACCGUUUUUCGCUGAAUGGUGCUUGAUACGAGGCGUAACUACUCAUUUCGUGAUAAUGGAUACCAAUAUACCAAUUCUUUAUUCAAACUAUGGUAUCCUGCCGUUUUAUCCUACAGCUGUGAACCAUGUAGAGCAUCGUGCUGUCCAGGACUCAAUUUCAUAUCCUUGUCGUAAUGAUUUCCGAAAUGGGAAAGCAAGUAUGCAUUAUCAUAAACAGCAGGCGUUUGAUAAAAACAAUUUAAUAUGUCCUAAAUGCCAUAGUCAAUGUCUUAAAGAUAUGAAUUGGUGUUCUGGCUGUGGGGAGCUGCUAAUUGGAACAGCAGAAUGUCGACUAAAUGACGGAAAUUGUGAACAGAAUAAAAUAACUUUAAGCAGCGUGGUACAACAAGAUAAUGCACUGAAUACAAAUGAUCUUUCGUCGAAUGUAUCUUCUUGUGUGUCUUCUAGUUUUCCUAUAUCAUACGAAAAUGAUAUGCAAUUUCCUAACGCAAUUGGUUAUGCAUGUCACUCAUUACUAUCUACUACACCAGAAACUCAUUUCGAUGUUUCAUCUUAUACAGAAUCGCCAUCACUUUCGUCAGAGAAUUCGAACAAAAAACAUUUGAGAUGGAAUAACUCUUCUCCAUCAACACAUACGAGUGGGAAGUAUCAUAUUAGCGAAACAAACACUCCUCAUCAUGUUCCUUUCGAGUAUUCUCACACGAAAUGUGACGUUUUUAGUGUGUUUCCGAAUGUGUCUACAGAUCAGCUACGAUAUCAAUUCCAAAGAAAUGCGGAGUAUGUAAAUUGUGUUAGUGAUUGCAACAUCAAUACAGAUGCGUGUUCAAGAGAGAAUGGUUCGUUGCAGUUCUCAGUAUUGAAUUCGGCAAAUAAUGGUGAUAACACUGAAUAUAAUCAGUUUUGUCAAUUUGAUAACAUUCUGGAAUAUCGUCAACGUCGCACUUCGGGUCCUAUCAAUCCAAUGAAUACAACUAAUACUCAAAAUAUGUGUCAUGUUGACAGUGUGCCAUCCAGUUACGGUUUGACUAGUCAUGCUUCACCUGUGAGAAUGUCAAAUAAUGCUUCUCAUAACAGUUGCACAUUUUCACAAACCCCGUGGUCUGAUGCUUCAGCAUCUGAAGUUGUAGCUAACCUUUUACGUGAGACACAAAUUUCGCUUUCAGCUAAUAAUAGUAUUCCUUCUAAGCCAUCAGCAUAUCAUUUAUGGCCAUUUCAAGAAAUGGGACCUAUUAGUCAAAGUCCUCCAAAGUCACACAGCAGUGUUCAGAAGCGAGGUGGAUUCUGUCGUCGCAAGCAUCCAUCUGAAUGCUCCAUAACGGAAAAUUCAACAACUGUACAAAAUCCAGGCAUGUACCGUGCUCGAAGCUUCAGUUCAGAUUUCGAAAAUUCUAACUAUACUGAUGUGAAUUUGGCUAAACUUCAACCUCGAACACAUUGGCAGUCUUCUAGAGGGGCUUGGUCUGCUCAAGAUCCUGCUAUGUUAAAAAAGAAACCUGCUGCAUAUUUACUUGCAUCAUAUAGUCAAGGAAAUGUUGCAUCUGAUCAACUUGAACCCAAUACUGUUAUAAAACAAAACAAUUCAAACAUUCAAUCAGAAAAAUCACAAUGCCAGCCUAAUUCAUGUACAAAUACUAAUCCAUUUAAUCAAAGAAGAGGAGAGUUGAACAAUGCCCUGAGAUCAUCUUUACACGGUCGUCCAGAAGGCAGUGACAAGUACUCCAAGUCAAAUCGUUCCCAUCCUGUAAGACGUAAUCGUGGUUAUAUAUCAAAGAGUUUAAGUAUCAGUACAGAUAGUUCAUCAGCAGGAGCAGCAACAACGACGACAACAAAUCAUUCCAUUGCUAAUUUACCAAAAGAGGUAAUUGCAAGUAUCCUUCGCACUGAUAAUGAUCCAAUAGAUAAAAUAGAAAAUGAAAAUAACGUCGUAUCACCUAAUUGGUUACUCUUACCAGAUGAAUUAUGGCUUGAAGUACUCCGGUAUGGAACUCCAGUAGAUCGUGUUCGUGUAGCUCAAACAUGUCGUCAUUUAUUCCGACUUUCAAUGGAUCGUUCCCUAUGGCGUGUUAUUCACUUACAUCGACAGCAUAAUUUAACUGAUGCUGAUUUAGUAAGAAUUGGUAACCUUAAACCCAGAGAAUUACGGUUUACAUAUUGUCGUGGGGAUAGUUUAACUGCUUCUGGAUUGAAACGUAUGUUUCUUGUAUGUGGUCCUGGACUGCAGAAACUAUCUCUAAUCGGUUGUACUAAAGGCCCAUUUGAUCAUGACAUACCGUUACGCUUAGUUGCAGAUCAUUGUCAUAAUUUAAAACAUGUGAAUGCAAGUUAUACACAAGCUGUACGUGAUCAAACUGUUAUCGCUCUGGCCAAAUCUGCUACACACUUGAUUAGUGUAAAAUUGAAUGGUGCUCAACAAAUAAGUAAUGCUGCUAUACAACAAUUAGUACAUUAUCAUCAACGUACUCUUGAACGUUUGGAGUUAUUUGGCUGUUUCCGUUUAAAUUCAAGUAUUUUUUCUCUGCUGAGUCGUUGUCAAGAGUUAAGAGCAUUAGCUUUCGGACAUCUUCAUCAUUUAUCAUCAGACGGCCUAUUGGAACUUGUAAGCAAGUUACCUCAUCUAUCGUCGCUUGACUUACGCGGAACACAAACUUUCAGUGAUGAUGAUAAUCUUUCACAAUUAGCAGCAAAAUGUCCUCAUUUAGAAGAAGUUGUCCUAGCUAAUAUGCAUUCGUUAAAACGUGAGACAGGCAUAGCUCAAAUGCUACGUCUUCUGCCACGUUUACGUGUUUUAGACUUAUGCGGUUUAGCGGCUGUUGGUGAUUUAACUAUGGAAGUAUUGGCUACUAAUUGUCGUCAAUUAGAAGAGUUGGAUGUUAGUUGCACGUCAGUUACUCAAAAAGGGUGAGUGAUUCAAAAAAGCACAUACAUAAUGUAGUAAUAAUUUUUUUUGUAUUUUAUGAAAUGUCCUACUACACUGGUCUACUCUUAGCUAUGUUAAAACAAUGGUUUUUAGAUGAAGUGUGUACUAGCUAAACUGCCUGAAACAAUGUUUAUAGAUGAAUAGAUAAUUCUGUCUAGAGCCGAUCUCACCAUUGUUACGUCACCAAUUUAUUUCAUCUAACAAACGCACCAGCGGUUAGCCUAAAAUGUUUACGAAUUAGUCAUUGUAGAGAAAUAACAAAUGAUGUACUCGAACGAUUGAUUAAAGCUUGUCCAAAAUUAACACUGCUCUACGCCUAUGGAUUUGUUUCAAUUAAUGAUUGGGGUUUCUUACAAAAAAUUCGGCCUACAUUAUUAGUUGAAAGUGGUAUUUAACUAGUGGUAAUUAUAAUGCUAGUGAUAAUAACAAUAGUGAUAAUAAUAUUUAAGGCUUUUAUUGAUGGCACAACAGUUGACACAGUUGCAUACCAUCUCACUGCGACGACGAUGACGACGACGACUAAUAUUACCACUACUUAUUUUAUUGUGUUAUUCUAAAAAAUUGUUAUCAUCAUAUUUUUCUUCGCACUCCUACUCUCUACCUUCCUACCUAUUGCUGCUACACUCUUCAAUUGUUUGUUGUUUUCAAUUUAAUCUAAACACUUUCUGCCAAAAUAAUAUUCAACUUUUUUUUGUCAAUUGGGCAAUCAGUUAACUGUGUUAAACUAUGUUCAUCUCAAUUCCUGACAUAAUAUUAAUAAUAAUAAUAAUGGUAAUAAUAUAUAUAAAAAAAUAAACAAAUUUGAGCAUGCAUCAGAUCAAUCAACAAAAAAGUAAUAAAUAAAAUAAAUGAAUAAUAGACUUUCCUUACAAAUAUUAUACAUAAUGUAUUAAUUAACCCAUGCUGGUUCCGGUGAUUUAACAUUCAUUCUGUUCCCCCUUAUCUAUACUUAUCUCUAUACGGUUGGGUUGUGAUUUCUGUGUUAAUCUCAUUUGUUGUUGUUACUUUUUUCUUUUUGCUGUGGUUCGGUUUUAUCCUUCUCCGUGUGUUUUUAUGUUGUUCUCAAUGCAUACAUAAUAUUUUGUGGUGUUCAGUGCAAAAAAGGAGCUCUUUCUAUUUGUAGAUGUGAGCAUCUAUGUGUGUGUGUGUGGUGUUACUCCCACCCGUGUCGUUGAUGGUGUAUUUCAGCUUCAAAAACACUAAAACCCGUGUCUUAUGUUUUUAUGUUGUUGUUGUUUUCGUAUACAUAUACAUAUAUUUGCUUUUUUCUUCACAUGUUGUGAAUGUAUGCCUUUAUCUGAUUCCUGAGGGUCUCCACCCGACCCGACCCGGCCUGGUUCGGCCCUGGCCCUCUUCAGAAAACAAAAAGAAAUAUUACUCACAUUAUAUCUAUCGCAUUACAUUAGAGAAUCUGAACAACAACAAUAAUAUUAACAGCAGCAACAACUUACAUGCAUUUCUUUCGAUUUAUUCUCGCCUCUUAUAUAAUAUCUUACACCUCACUCACGUUUAUUUACUAUUACGCCGUGUUCAGCUUACACACACUGGCGAACUCAGAAACACCUAUAUAUAUAUAUAUAUAUAUAUAUAUAUAUAUAUAUAUAGGAAUCAAAAUCCUUCUCUUACGUCUAAACUUUUGUUGUUGUUAUUAUCCUCUGUAAUCAAAAGACAGCAAGAACUCCUCGCUUCAGAAUUUUUAAAACAAAUCAUAAAAAACAAAAAUUAGUGUUUAUUGGUGUUUCUUUAUAACAUGUUAGUUUGUCUGUCUGUCUCUCUAUAGUAUAUUUAACUUGUUACUUGCUCAUAUUCCUACUUUCUUCUUUUCUUAUCUUCCUAGCCUUCCUACACUUUAAAGCUCACUAUACUUACUCUUCAUUUUGUUUAUCUCUUUUUUUGGGUGGAGGUGGGGAGGGUAGGAGGUUGUUGUGGUUUUGUUUCUUCCUCACAAGAGUUAGCAAAAGGAAAGAAAAGGGUAGCAGUGCUGUUACGUAACCCUUAUUAUAUUGUACUUUGUUUGUGUGUACAUGAGAGUGUAUGUGUGUUUGUGUGCAUGAUCUGUACUCAAGAUGUUGUAAAAGUAACCUCUCCGUAGCUCCUCUCCCGUCGUAUUGUCAUCAAUCUAGUCCCGUUUUACCUUACACACACACACACACACAAAGUGUGUUUAAAAAAAUAACGGUGUGAACGAAUAUAUAUAUGUAUAUAUAUUUCUGUUUUAACCAGUGUUUUACUAAUUGAUACGUAGAUAACCACAUCAUAUCUUCAGUAAAAGAAAUAAUAAUAGCGAUAGCAGUUCAAGUCCCUUUAUCCUUUCCUAUUUUUUUUUCUUAAUUUCCUGUGUAUUUCAUACUAUAUAUAAACAUAUUGCACUCUAUUAUUGAUUGAUGUGAACAGUGUCAACGAUCUAUGUAGCUGUGUGAACUCUAUCGAAACAAACAAAAUUGGAAAAAAUUGAUUCUUUUUGAUUUUCUUGUUCUUGUUCUUCUUGUCGUCACUAAUCUCUGUCCCUGUUUUCCGGUAUCUUUGCACGUAGAUAGAUACAUCAGUGGUUGGUGUGUUGUAGCCUAAAUCACUUGUAUUACUUACUGUUUAAAACAACUAACUGUGAAUUAUCAAUGAAGGUUAUUCUCAUAACUUACUAAACAUUCAGUCACAUGUACUCCUGAAUAUUACUUUUAAUUAUUAUUAUUGUUUAUUUUCACUCUUUUCCUUUUUUUCGAUGAUUUUGAUUUGUCAUUUGUUCCACCGCCCUCUCCCCUCCCGCCAGUGUCACCACUGUUGUGUAGAGAGGGUCGGUGGGUGGUUGUGUCUGCAUAUCUCCUGUGUGACAGAGAUGAUGUAAUAAAGUUGUGAGCUCUAGUUGGUUAAUUAGUUAGGGGUAAUCGUCUACCUGUUUUUUUUGCUUUAAUGCACAGAGAGAGAGAGAGAAAGAAGAAGGAGGGUGUAAUAUAAGCCUUUUUAAAUAAAUAAAUUCAUGAACUUAUGCCUAUUGAACUUUGAACUGUAUAAGAUUUCUUUCAAUUCCAUUAUUAUUAUUAUUGUUAUUAUUAUUAAUCUUAUCAUUACUAUUCUUAAUAACAACAGUUAUAUAUACAUAUGCAUACAUAUGUGUGUAUACAUACCCCCUAUGAAUAGAAUCGGAACCAAAAAGUCUUUGUUAUAUAUAUAUUCAAUAAAACCCGGAGACGAAGAAGAACACUGUUAAAUAAAUAAAUAAAACUAUAUAGCCUUUAACAUUUUGAAAAAGUUGUUCUGAUGUUUUUGUUUCUGCUGUUGUUGUUAUUGUCGUGC